CGCUAGAAUAUAGUCUGCCGUGGAUCGUCGGACCGUUCAGUCUUUUUGUGUCGUUCAGUAUCAUCCGAUUCGUGUGAUCGACAGCACAGCCGAAUUUUUUUUCUUUUUUUUCUAAUUCCUUGAAGUAACCAAAAACACAAAUCAAAAUGGCUGAUGAUGAGGCUAAGAAGGCUAAACAGGCUGAGAUCGAGCGCAAGCGUGCUGAGGUGCGCAAGCGCAUGGAGGAAGCCUCCAAGGCCAAGAAGGCCAAGAAGGGUUUCAUGACCCCAGAGAGGAAGAAGAAACUCAGGUUGCUGCUGCGUAAGAAAGCCGCUGAGGAGCUGAAGAAAGAACAGGAACGCAAAGCGGCUGAACGUAGACGCAUCAUCGAAGAACGUUGCGGCAGUCCCAGGAAUCUCAGCGAUGCCAGCGAAGCCGAACUGCAAACAAUAUGCAAACAAUAUUGGCAACGCGUAUACAGUUUGGAGGGCGAUAAGUUUGAUUUAGAACACGUGCAGAAAGUCAAGGCCCAAGAGAUCAACGAUCUCAAUGCCCAAGUUAACGACCUUCGCGGCAAGUUCGUCAAGCCAGCCCUGAAGAAGGUCUCCAAAUACGAAAACAAAUUCGCCAAGCUGCAGAAGAAGGCCGCUGAGUUCAACUUCCGCAACCAGCUCAAGGUGGUGAAGAAGAAGGAGUUCACGCUGGAGGAGGAGGAGAAGGAGAAGAAACCCGACUGGUCCAAGGGCAAGCCCGGAGAUGCCAAGGUGAAGGAGGAGGUUGAGGCCGAAGCUUAAGUGUCCACACGUCCACUAGUGUCCACUGACCCGUGACUCCCGCCCUAAACAAUAAUUGAAAUUAUUUACAACAAUUAUCUGAAGCAAUACAAUUUAUAUGAAUCUAUUAAUAUAUAUAUAUCCGCAAAUAUAUAUGCAUGUAUAUAUCUCGCCAUAUAUAUGUGUCCACAAUGGAUUUGAUCAGAAAUGAAGUCAAUAAACAACAACAGCAACAACUAAA